GCAGGGGAGUGAGUUCGUGUUCGUCUACUCAAGAGUCGCGAUAAGGUAGCUCCGUCUCGAUGCAUUUCCUUAUUACAUCAAAUUAGUCAUUCCUGGCUGUUGCUGACAUCUCGCGUGGUUGCUUACUGCUGCACGACGUUGUUCAUUUGCUGCUUUUUUGUAACAAGGUUGCUAUGUUCUGCAAGGACUACUUCUGAUCUAUCACAUUCUGCUAACUAAUAGGGAGGGAGUGGGAAAGAAGGUUUUUUGUAACGAGCUUUUCAGUUGAGUUGCAUGGUUUAACUAAUCAGUUUUCUAGAGCAUCAGGAAACCAAGUAUGGAAGGGAUACUGAAUUCGUUACUUAAUCAAAGUUGUUUAAAACCUGGUUUCACUCCAAAAUUUAGUUGUACAUUCCCUCUGAUUACCAGAGCUUGUCAUUUCAAACUUAAAAUUGAGCCCCAUCCCGGGAGAAGUAAUUGCACAUUUCUAGGUGGAGACCCUGCCACUAUCUCCAGAAGAACUACUAUUGCCGCAUUGGAUAGAGAUGAUGAAGGUAAAGAAUCAACUGUGGACUGGGAAUCAGAGUUCGUUGGGGAACUUGACCCCUAUGGUUACCAAGCUCCCAAGAAGAGGAAGAAAGAACAGAAAUCAAAGUUGCUUGAAGAAACUGAUGGAAUGGAUUGGUGUAUGAGAGCAAGAAAGGUUGCACUUAAAUCAAUUGAGGCCAGAGGCAUGGCUCAUACUUUGGAAGAUUUGAUCUCUGUUAAAAAGAAAAAGGAAAACAAGAGCAAGAAGAAAUUGACAAAAAAGAAAAUUGAGAAAAUUGAGAAAAUUGAGGAUUUGGAUGAUGAUCUUGAUUAUAGUUCAGAGGAAGACUUGGUGUUACAAGCUAACAAACCUCUGGACAAUGUUGAUGAUUUGAAAAGGUCAGUUAGUUUGAUGGCUGAUGGACUAUUUUCGGAAAAGAAGGAGAAAACAAUGGAAGAGUUUGUCCAUAGGCUGUCUCAGUUCUCUGGACCAUCUGACCGUAGGAAAGAAAUCAACUUGAACAAAGCAAUUACAGAAGCACAGACUGCAGAAGAAGUAUUGGAGUUCACCUCUGAAACUAUCAUGGCAGUUGCAAAAGGCUUAAGUCCCUCACCACUCUCUCCUUUGAAUAUUGCUACUGCUCUUCAUCGUAUUGCUAAGAACAUGGAGAAAGUAUCUAUGAUGAAAUCUCGAAGACUGGCUUUCGCUCGACAAAGAGAGAUGUCUAUGCUUGUGAGUAUUGCAAUGACGGCAUUACAUGACUGCUCUGCACAAGGUAUCUCUAACAUAUCUUGGGCUUUGUCAAAAAUUGGAGGUGAACUGCUAUAUUUUUCUGAAAUGGAUAGAAUUGCAGAGGUUGCAUUGACCAAGGUAGGAGAAUUCAAUUCUCAAAAUGUUGCCAAUAUUGCUGGUGCUUUUGCUUCGAUGAAGCACUCUGCUUCUGAUCUUUUCUUUGAAUUAUCUAGAAGGGCUUCAGAUUUAAUUCUUACAUUCCAAGAGCAAGAACUUGCCCAGCUUUUGUGGGCUUUUGCAUCUUUAUAUGAACCUGCAGACCCUAUAUUUGAUUCUCUAGACGAUGUUUUCCAGGAUGAAAGCCAAUUUAAAUAUUCUAUGAGUGAAGAAACAUCAGAUCAUUUUAAACAAAUCAUCAGUGAUGCAAAUCCUGACUUAGGUGAAUCUCUUGUCUCUCCUGUCCUCACCUUCUCUAGGGAUCAGCUUGGGAAUAUAGCUUGGUCCUAUGCCGUAUUUGGACAAAUGGAUAGGAGUUUCUUCUCGCUUGUUUGGAAAACUCUGAGUCAUUAUGAGGAGCAAAGGAUUUCAGAGCAAUAUAGGGAGGAUGUCAUGUUUGCUUCUCAGGUUCAGCUUGUCAACCAGUGCUUGAAGCUUGAAUUCCCACAUCUUCAGCUAUCUUUAAGCAGUGAGCUUGAGGGUAAAGUUGCUCGUGCUGGAAAAACUAAGAGAUUUAAUCAGAAAAUGACUUCUUCAUUUCAGAAAGAGGUUGGACGUCUUCUUGUUAGCACCGGCCUUGAAUGGGUGAAAGAAUAUGUUGUGGAUGCUUACACCUUGGAUGCUGUAGUAAUUGAUAAGAAGCUUGCUCUGGAGAUUGAUGGCCCAACUCAUUUCUCAAGAAAUACUGGUGUGCCUCUAGGACAUGCCAUGCUGAAACGUCGAUACAUUACUGCUGCUGGCUGGAAAGUUAUAUCAUUGUCUCUUCAAGAGUGGGAGGAACUUCAAGGGUCAUUCGAACAAGCUGAGUAUCUCACAGAAAUUCUGAGUAAACAUAUAGACGUGCAAACCCCACAUUUACAGAGCUAAAAUGAUAAUCUAGAUCUUUCUGCCAAUCAUUGUAAGAUAAGUAUCUCGAGUUGACUUAAUUAUGCUCCCAUGAAAAAUUUUGUGAAGGGGCAUGUAUAUUUUGUAAAAGUGUCCAUGAAAUCACGCAUUUAUGUCUACCCUCAUUAGGAAAUGAAUGCCUCGUUUGCUUUUAGCCUUUGUACCGCCAUGUUGGAGAAAUUAAUCAUGUGUUCCUUAUAAUUUUAAUUCGAUGUAGUCUUUGUAUAUAAUCUUUUUGCUCAAAAAUUGUUUUUGUAUAUAAUUUAAAAUUAAGUAAAGUAAUUCAUUUAUCUUAGCUAUUGUUGGGCAA